AUGGUCGAUCUUUCCAAGCCUCACCGCAUCAUCGGUGAGGCUGCCAGGAGCUUUGAAUCACUAUUGUCUGGCAGCGAUGCACGUUUAUUCGAGAAGACUACGCUCGCCGAUGUGCAGGAAGCUGCCUUGGCCAUCCAGCGUGCGCAGGCAGACAGAAAAUCCCUUCAAAACAUCGCACGACUAGCUGGAUUGUUCAAGUCGUUGCCAGCAUUCGCUGCGGUUCUCCAGCCUCUUUGCCCAGAACCUGCAUGCCUCAACUUUCUAUGGGCACCAAUUGAACAAUCCCUUCAGGCAAGUCUCGUCCUAGAUCAAACCACGAACUGUGAGAUUGCAGACGGCUAUGCCUCUGCCUUGGAUCAACUCAUCGAUUCCUACCAACAAAUCGCAGAACACCUUCCCCUCUUCGACCGUCUGACCCCUCUGCUUCUCCAGGAUGAAGGUACACAGUCAAUAAUCGCUCACGUCUAUGGUGAUAUACUGGAGUUUCAUUAUUGCGCUUAUCGACUGCUGCGUCAAAACUCCUGGAAAGUACUAUUCGAUGCCACCUGGAAGAAUUUCGCACUUCGUUUCAAUGGGAUCCUUGAGAGGCUUGGCAAGAGCAGAGACGUCCUUGCUGCAGGAGUAGACAGCAUUGCCGUCCUGGCAGACGAAACUUUUCGUCGGGAGGUUCUUAAUCGGAUGACCCGGUUGGAAACUGAAAGGGACACUUUGCAACUACGAAAUGUUCUCACUUGGCUGAAUGGAACACGGCUGGAUGAGGAUCAAGAAUCAGUACUGCAAAACCGUUCAAUUGCCCGCCAGCAAGGGACGUGUGAAUGGAUUUUGGAAAAUCCUAAUUUGCGAUCAUGGCUGGAUCCCGAAGACAAUCGACCCCUUCUUUGGCUGCACGGAAAACCGGGCUCAGAGCAUGAUGACUCUGCUCUCGGAGCUGCUACGAGCUACUGGGUCUGCGUUCCUGAUCAUCGACGGCUUGAUCAGUGUGAACCGGAGAGUCAAGCCUCUAUACUGGCAGAACUGGCUAGUCUCUGGUCAUUGAAGGAAAGCAGCAGUCCAGAUCGUGCUCUGGUCAAAGUUCUCAUUUGUUCAAGAUCGACCGUGGAAAUCUACUCAAAGUUGAGGAAAUUCCCCGGAAUCUCUUUAUCCGACGAGAAGAAGUCGAUAUCGGAAGAUAUUGCCAUUUUUGUAAAGAAAACCCUUGCUCCCUUGCAUGACUUGGACUGUGCAGAUGUGGUAGAGGAGAUGGAGCGGAUGGUGGUCGCGCAAGCUGACGGAAUGUUUCUGUGGGCGAAGCUUGCUGUUGCCCAAUUGCUCAGCCAGCAUACUGUAAAGGGUUUGCACGCUGCGUGGGCCAAACUGCCGCCUGAGCUUUCGGAAUUAUAUACCGUUAUUCUCCAUCGACUUCAGGACUGCGAUGAGCAACAAAAGCGACACAUCAAUCAUGUUCUUGGAUUGCUGGUUGUUGCAUAUCGACCUCUAAAAGUCUGGGAGGUUUGUGAUGCGAUGCUAUUGCAGGAUGGUCAGUUGCCACUCAACAGCGAGACAAACGUCCUACACGACAUCAUCGACAUGUGCAAACCCUUUGUUGGGAAAGGGAAUCAUCAGACUAUCAGACUGGUGCAUUGGUCUGCCAAAGACUACCUGUUGACCGAGUUGAACGGUCCCUGUAUACAGCUCCAGCAAGCACACAUCAAUAUUACACAAGCUUGCAUACGAUGUUUGACAACUUGUCAUCCAUUCACCAAAAGCGAAAUAUCACCAGAAUCUCAGAAGCAGAUCGUGAAAGGAGAUUACGAUUUUGUUUUCUACGCGUAUGAGUACUGGAUUUAUCACCUAAGAGAGUCGUUCCGGAGUCACACGGCGGCAGCUUCGACGGAUCUCGCUGAUGGUAGGAAAACAAUAUGUCACAUGGUGUUUGAUAUGCUGAAGGCCAUGAACCAAUCUCGGCUAGACAAGAAAUUCCUUGACAGCGUCGAGGCCCUAAAGGACAGACUCAAUACCCGGGGAUCAAAUCUCGAGGAUAUUCUUAGACCGAUUCUACGUCCACUUGCUAAUCAAACGUUAUUCCUUUUACGUGGAGCGGAUCCGUCCCCACGCCCAGGUAGUCAGCGGAGCUCAAGCAUCCUCGACAUCGCGUUCACCAACUUCCAGAACGCCUUCGAGGAACUAUACGAAGCUGGUUCCUCCUUUGAUCCCUCCAGAUUAGGUAUCGCAGUUACGGAUCUGGACAGUUUCAAGACACGUCACAGCCCUACUCCGUAUCUAUGUCGCUACAGUGAGUGCGGUGCGGGCGCUGUUGGUUUCACGAGCGCUCCGGAGCGUGAAGAGCACGAGCUAUGCCACCGAGGAUUUUUCGGCUGUACUGAGCCUGCAUGCGAUUUCCGUGUCCUUAAAUUUGCUUCUUGGAUUGAUUUACGAAGGCAUGCAGAGAACUACCACGGCGACAAAGAUGCACCAUCACAAACAUCUCACGCGAAAGGCAAACGACCGAGACACGGAAGUUUGCUGCCUCCAUCCACCACUAAAGGCAAGGCUGGCGAGCUCAGGACGAGAGAUCCUACACAUGAGUUGCUACGUGAAUCUGAGGUCGGCACACUGGCUCGGAUCUUUCGAAGCUGUGUCAGAUUACUCAAGUCGAUGGUAACCAUCCUACAGGAAUCGCAAGCUCCUCCUCACCUGCUGGAAGGAAAAUUGAUGCGGGCUUUGAACACACUUCAGCUCUGGGGAGAUGCUUAUCAAGUCGAUGAGGGAUACCUGGAUAAACUAUUAUGCAAAUCAACGGAGCUGCGAACCACUACAGCAACGCUGCUGGCCGGAAUUGGAAGCAUAUUAUCCUCUCGAUUGCUAGGGUCUCUGUUUCAGACUGAGAAGAAUCGAUUAGCCGCUAUUGAAAGCAGCAGAAUCCAGAGUGCGUUAGACGAUGUGCGCCACAUCGCAGAGGAUUAUCAGUGGUUACAUGACGACGAUGAAUUAGCGGACGAACGUGCGAAUGCUGGUGGCGAUUCUAACAGUCCACGAGCAGAAGAGGUUGAAGCUGUCGCUGAUGGCCUCUGUGACUACUCUCUCGAGUUGAUGCAGAUGACCGAUCUUUUCGACUCGCCAUUUCUUCACGAGAAAGUCUCCAACAAGACGUCUGCUUUGCCACUUGCAGAAAGUACCAAGUCCUUGCUGCGUCACUCUGAUGCUACCACAGACACCAUAUUAAAAGCCCCAUCAGUCCUUGAGGCCAGUCCUCCAUUGAGCUCUAGUGUUGAAGUCAUAAAGUCCUCAGAGGCUCUCAAUAUAGGCCGUGUACAGAAAGAAGGACGAUCAGCACUACAUGACCUAAAAGAACCGCAAAAGAUUCUUUCGUUUACCAGCUACUGCUAUGGCAUGAUUUCUGGAAAGGUUCUGGUUCAAUCUGGUUCACCUCUCUCAGUAUCAGACUUGGUUUUCGUUCCGCCGGACAGACUUUACCAGACUCCAGAGGGCGAUCAGUGGGCAAGCUUCGAAGAGCAAGUCGCUAGUGUUUGCGCUUCUCUGGUGGAGUAUCACGGAGUCAGCCUCCAGAUCUCUGUCAGGAAUGAUAAUGGAAAGGAUGGUUCAUCAGAGAAGACAUCCACUCCAAAGAAAACCCCAAGGCACCAAAAGGAUAUCAUCGCCAACAUCAUCAUCUAUGGGCCUCCAGCACUCUGCGAAUCAGUUGGAGACUACCUGUCCGCUGCCGGGUUCUUCCUACAACAUCCAACGCAUUGUAAUCAAGAUGUGCCGUAUUUGAACCCUCACGUCCUUGGUUUCGGCGAGGACAACCUUCAGUUCACGUCUGAGCUCUUCCCGGGUGAACCGCAAGACGAAACAGAACUUGACAAAAACCCUCUUUCGAACUUCUAUAGCAGUUCGGAGUUCGAAGAAACCGCUCAGCCAGACGGAAUUGCGACUGCAAUGGCCCCACAUCAGAAAAAAGCAUUGACCUUCAUGAUUGAGCGUGAAAGAGGGUGGAAUGCCUCGAACGACUUCUGGACAACCCACAUCGAUGCGUUUGGAACCACGAGAUACAAAAACACUGUAUCUGGCGUAACUCAGGCAUCGAGACCAACAUCGCUUCAUGGAGGCAUACUCGCGGAUGGAAUGGGUAUGGGAAAAACCCUCAGCAUGCUUUCGCUAAUUGUCGCAAACCCGUCCCGCAAUGACGAGUCCAAUCAGCACGGGAAAAAUGUCGUCAAGAGCACAUUGAUUGUCGUCCCCUCUAGUCUGUUAUUGCAAGCGUGGCAAGAUCAGAUAAGGAUGCAUUGCCGUCCAGAACAUGUUCGCUAUCAGAUUUUACAUGGCCCUGAGCGACACAAGGCUGUCAACAUCGGAGACUGUGAUAUUGUUUUGACCACCUACAACACCGUCAGCACGGACUGGAAGAGGAACAGCAGUGAAGAGGGCGUUGCUUCCCGCCCCAACGUUCUGUUCGAAACGUCCUGGUACCGUGUGGUCUUGGAUGAAGCACACUUCAUUCGCAACCAGAACACAAAAAGUGCAAACAGUGUCUAUUCGUUGACGUCGCAGCGCCGGUGGUGCAUUACAGGGACGCCCAUACAGAACAGAUUGACCGACCUAUUCAGCCUUUUCCGGUUCCUGAGACUUGACCCCUUUGGCGAUUAUAAGGUCUUUGAAAAAGAGAUCCUUGGGCCGUGGAAGUCGAAAUUGGAUGACAUAGCUACGGCUCGUCUUCGGUACAUUGUGAAGGCAAUCAUGCUGCGCCGUUCAUGGACGCAAGUACACCUACAGGAACCAAAGGAAUACGUUAUUGAGGUUUCAUUCAACGCUCAGGAACGUGAGGAAUAUCAGAAAGCUGCGACACAGGGUAUCAGCGACUUGGACAGUGCCCUCGACACAGACCAACAACCCUUCAAUUCGGUGUAUUUGAACUCCCUCCAAAACCUCAACGUCCUGAGAUUCAUCUGCAACCAUGGUAUUCGUCCAAGUCGUCAAGAAGCUGAGUGGGAUUCAAGCUGCGUAUUCGAGACAGCUUCGCCAACAAUCUCCAAAGAGGAGGCGGAAUCCGGAGAGACGACACUUUUGCGCGAUCUUCUCUCGGAGAAAAAUGUCGAUGAGUCUUCGUCAUUCAGGGCAUCUUUCAGGGUCACAGAUCCUGAUGAUUCUGAAAACGAGUCCCCUCCGUCAUUGAUCAGCGGCGGCAGAAGUACGAGAGCUUCAUCGGCAGAUCCUACAGAAGAGGCUCCAGUACCGUGGGCUUUUAGCCUGGAUCUGGUCUGUGUACAAUGUGGAAGCCAAAACUUGAACCCGAGGCAGGACAGUUAUGACUUGGGCAGUGGCACGGACACCUACACCGAACACAUUCCGCCUCAACUCUGCAAAAAUUGUCUUGAAUACGAAAAGCCCGUAUCCUUAGACUUGUCAAUUUAUACUGAACAUGUAAUGUCAGCCGAGCCGGCAAGCCAGGCCGGACAGCCGGUCAUGAAGCGGUCGACCAAGAUCAUGGCUCUGCUGAGUCAGAUCACCCACGUACCAACAAGUGAGAAAUCCGUCGUUUUCUCUUGCUGGACACAAAGCCUGUGCGCAGUAGAGGACGUACUGUCGCAAAACGGAAUCUCAUGUGUUCGUUACGAAAGCACAUCGAACUUGGCACGGCGACUACGGGUGCUAGAUAUGUUUGCGUACGACCCUUCCAUUCAAGUGAUCUUGAUGCCCAUAUCCUGCGCGGGUGUAGGCGCGGGUCUCACAGCAGCGAGCCACGUCUUCCUUCUGGAGCCUCAGUGGAAUCCGACGGUCGAGGCGCAAGCGAUAGCCGGAGUCGUCAGAUUAGGCCAGACCCAGCAGGUAUCGGUGUGCCGCUUCGUGGUUAAGGACACGUGCGAGCAGAGCAUCAUGAAGAUACAGACGCAGAAACUCAGCCUGGCCAAUCUGGUCGUGGACAGGUCGACUUUGCAAAGGGGUCAAGUUGGAAAGAAACAGCUUCAUCAACUGCGUGGACUGGUGUCGUCGGGAUCGUAG